GGGGGCAGCACAGGGGACGCUGCCUUCCUGGGUGGGUUUGCUCAUGACCCACCUCAAACCAUUGCUCUUUCUCUCUUUAAAGUUCAAGCUCAUCUCCCAGGCCUAUGAAGUGCUCUCAGAUGCGAAGAAAAGGGACAUCUAUGACCAGGGCGGCGAGCAGGCCAUCAAGGAGGGGGGCCUGGGCAGCCCCAACUUCUCCUCCCCCAUGGACAUCUUCGACAUGUUCUUCGGCGGGGGAGGGCGGAUGGCCCGGGAGAGGAGAGGCAAGAACGUUGUGCACCAGCUGUCUGUGACCCUUGAAGAUUUAUAUAACGGAGUCACAAAGAAACUGGCCCUCCAGAAAAACGUCAUUUGUGAGAAAUGUGAAGGGAUCGGGGGGAAGAAGGGCUCCGUGGAGAAGUGCCCGCUGUGCAAGGGCCGCGGCAUGCAGGUGCACAUCCAGCAGAUCGGGCCGGGCAUGGUGCAGCAGAUCCAGACCAUGUGCAUCGAGUGCAAGGGCCAGGGCGAGCGCAUCAGCCCCAAGGACCGCUGCGAGGGCUGCGGCGGCAACAAGGUGGUCCUGGAGAAGAAGACCAUCGAGGUGCACGUGGAGAGAGGCAUGAAGGACGGGCAAAAGAUUCUGUUUCAUGGAGAAGGCGAUCAGGAGCCCGAGCUGGAGCCUGGUGAUGUCAUAAUUGUGCUUGAUCAGAAGGAUCAUAGUGUCUUUCAGAGGCGAGGCCACGACCUGGUCCUGAAAAUGAAAGUCCAGCUCUCCGAGGCCCUCUGCGGCUUCAAGAAGACGGUAACCACCCUGGACGGCCGCGUCCUGGUUAUCACGUCCAAGUCAGGUGAGGUGAUCAAGCACGGGGACCUGAAGUGCGUGCGCAACGAGGGGAUGCCCAUCUACAAGGCGCCCCUGGAGAGAGGCAGCCUGGUGGUCCAGUUCCUAGUGGUCUUCCCAGAGAAGCUCUGGCUCCCCCUGGACAAGCUGCCCCAGCUGGAGGCCUUGCUCCCUCCGCGGCAGCAGGUGGCCGUCUCGGACGACAUGGAGCAGGUGGAGCUGCAGGAGUUCAGCCCCAGCGAC